AUGAUCGGUGCCGCAGUAAGCGUGCUCAACCCCCUGAUCCUGGUGUGGUCCCUCUUCACCCUCACCUCGCCCUCCUAUGGGACCGUCCCGUACCCAGACUGGGCCCUGGCGCUGGGCUGGGGCCUCGCUGCGUUCGUGCUCAUGUGGAUCCCACUCAUCGCUCUCUACAAGUUUGUUAAAACGAAGGGCUCGGCGUGGGAGUGA